AUGGCCUCAGAGUGCUUCGUCGGCGUAAAGCCCUUCGAGCGAGCGCUUGUCAAGCUGCUCUCGUCAGACGGCGUCCCACUCCCUCGGUGCUCCGCUCACCCGCUUCUAUCCGACGAGCCGCCGGCGCCGGCGCUGACUUGGGAGCGGCUGCACUCGGAGGUGCACCCGGCCGGCACCGCGGCGGGCGGCGCGCUGCCCGCCUCGCGCGUACAGCGGAAGUGCUGGCAGAUUGAGUCGCUCGCCUCGCUAGCUGCGGUGCUCGUCGAGGGCCUGGCAGAAGCGGGCGCCUCGCCUGCCACCGCCGCCGCUGCCGCCGACUCUGUCGAAACUAGUGAGGCUAGAGCCGCCGCAGUUGAGCCUGCUGCGAGUGCUACGGGCUCUACUGCUGCCACUGCCACUUCUCCUGCCGCCACUGCCACCGCUGCAAACCGUGCCACCGCUGCCACCGCUGCCAUCGCUGCCUCCGCUGCUACUAUCUCGGCCGACGUCGCUGCCGGUGGGAGGAGAUGGCACCUCGUCGACUUCGCCGGCGGCUGCGGCCCGCUUGGCUUGCCUCUGGCGGCGAUGCUGCCGCACUGCACAGUGACCAUCGUCGAGCUCAAGGCGAGGUCGCUCGAGAUUGCGCGCGGCCGCGCGGCGGCGGCCGGCCUGACGAACGUCCGCUUCGUGUGCGGCGACCUCGGCGCGUUUCACGAGCCGUUCGACGUCGGCCUCGCCCUCCAUGCCUGCGGCACCGCCUCCGACCUCGUGCUGCGCGC